GUGUUCCGGCACAGGCAAGCUACAACAAAACGUGCAAAGUAACGCCUACCACCGACAAUCAAGAUGCGUGGAAAAAGGUCGAAGCAGUAUCGCAAGCUCAUGCAUCAGUAUGGCAUGACAUUUGGAUUUCGCGAGCCCUACCAAGUCCUGGUCGAUGCGCAGAUGGUGCAAGAUGCCGCUAGGUUUAAGAUGGAUCUCUGGCCCGCAUUAGAACGAACAUUGCACGGAAAAGUCAAGCCGAUGAUUACGCAGUGUUCCAUGCGCCAUCUUUACGCCUCCAAAGAAACGCCCCCCGCGAUUGUUGACAAAACCAAGACAUAUGAGCGCCGGCGUUGCAAUCACCACACUCUUGAACAGCCUCUGUCCACACUCGAGUGUCUCUCUAGCGUUGUCGAUCCCAAAGGUAGCCGUACCAAUAAACACCGCUAUGUGGUUGCGUGCCAGGAUAACGAAGUGCGGUCUUAUCUUCGCUCUAUCCCCGGUGUGCCGCUCAUUUACGUCCACCGAAGUGUUAUGAUUAUGGAGCCUAUGGCACACGCAACAGAGCAUGUCAGGGAUAAGGACGAGAAAUCUAAAUUCCGGGCUGGCUUAAAGGGUGCAAGAGGCGCCAUCACAGAUACGCUGAAGAGGAAGCGAGACGACGAAGAGGAGCAGAGCGGGAGCGGAAGCGAGCAAGAAGAGGGAAGAGCUAGGUCUGGCGCGCAGUCUCAAGAGGAAGCCUCCAAAAAGAAGAAGCGCAAGGGCCCCAAGGGCCCCAAUCCACUUAGUGUCAAAAAGGCAAAGAAGCGGCCUGCUCAGGAAAACAACAAGGGUGUGGGCAAGAAAGACAGUGGAGAAGGUGGCACAUCAAACCCUGCCGCAACCAUAAACGAAGAUGGAACACCUGCCGCGCAAAAACGGAAGAGAAAGCGAUCUCACAAGUCUGGAAAAGGCGCUGAUUCGAACGGCCCCGAAAGUGAGGCUCAUGAUGCGCCAUCAGCGUCUGCAGAAGGAGCCGGCGCCGCUGAAGAGGAUUAGCUGUUGUCUGUAUGCAUAGAGGCUUGCAUGGUUAUUGUUGUUAAUAUUGCUUUCUUGCGCGUACAGGAGUUUGGCGGAUAAAAAAGCUUAUUGGACCUCGGGAAUACCGGUCAAGUUUUUUGGGUUAGAAUUUUAAAUGAUUUCCUUGGCCCUGAGGGCAGAGAAUAGACAUAUUUACAUGAGGUUCCCUCUUUCAGGUUGUUGUUAUUACACACCCUCGUCUGAUGACGAAUUUUCGCCCUCUUGCAUCAUAUUACAAGGAAAAUUCAGAUAAAAUUGAAACAAGAAUGAUAUUCUGACAUCUCGCUCUCCCUUUUGUUUGAAAAAUCUAUUGAUAAUCCCAUCUGAACGCACUCCUUGUUCUCCUAGCACAGAAGGCUAAAGAAAAAUACAACGC